CUUCCGUUUGGGACUACAUCGGCUACAUGCUAUCGUCGUGGCUGCUGUGCUCCUGCUGCUGGAGGGAGGAAAUGACCAGAAAUGACGCGUGUUUGCUUCUCGGAGCCACCGGCGUCGGAAAAACGUUGUUGAUGAAACGUCUUCAAAAGUUUGGUUUGCAUGGAUCAGGUGAACUAGGGACGGCUCCUCCUACCCUGCCUACAGUAGGAACCAACCUGACAGACCUGACACUGAAGAAGAGGAAGGUGACCGUGAGAGAGCUGGGAGGCUGCAUGGGCCCCAUAUGGCCGAGCUACUUCAAAGACUGCUCCUCUGUCAUUUUUAUGGUGGACUCGGCCAACACUGCUCAGGUAUCCUCCUCCUGUAUCCAGCUGCUGUCAGUACUCUCUGCUGAGCCUCUGCACAGUGCCUCUGUGCUGAUUCUCUUCAACAAGAGGGACAUGCCCUGCACUAUGAGUCUUACAGAGAUAAAAUCACUGUUUAGAAUGGAUGACAUCAUUGCAUCUGCUACUCAGCCAAUCACAACACUGGAGCUCAGUGCCUGCUCUGGACAGGGACUUAGGGAGGUGCUCAGUUGGCUGGAGUCCAUCACAGUCAAGUGAUCUUUCAUACGUUUGGUCCUUAAAAAGUGAAGCUGCUCUCUGAGGACUUAAAGUAAUGGUUCCAAGCCUUUCGGCAAGAGAUGCCAGUGACCUCAGUGGGCAGAGACUGUUGACGCAACAUUUUCAAGAGGAUGUAAUGAUGUGUUAACUGAUGGACUCACUGGAAACGUGGCAAGUCACAUGACAAGACCAACUGGAAAACGUUUUUGGUAUCAAGGUGAACUGAGAAGGUGAUUUAUUGCUGAUAUCAUGGAAUGAUGGGAUGGUUGAUUGGCCAUUUUAACAUUUGUAGAAGCAGAGCAGAGAUUUCUGGCACAGCUUAUUUCCAUGAUGCACAGAGAAGGGCAAAAAAAUAAUAAGAGGCCAAAACUUGAGCAAUACUUUCAUUAUUCAGAACAACUUUAUUGUUGGACCGCCUUCAUCAGGGUCAUCGUAACAUUUUCUUCAAUGAACACUAGUGUAGAUCUGACCUGCUGCUAUUUACACAGGUCACUGCUACUAAUUGAAUGGCAGAUAAACAUUAAAGUUCAUGACUGACAUCAGUGAGGUCAUAGGACUUCACAUAGGCGUCACAUUAUAACAUCAGAGGAAAGUUCAUGCAAUGCAAAGUACGGAUUGAUCUCUGUCUGAAAUAAAGUAACCUCUUGUAUUUCAGAUUUAACAACCUGGAAAGUGUGAAGAACAAAUGUUAAAAGAUUAAUUACUGUCAAGGAAUGCAGCAGAGUAGUAAUGAGUUAUUACCAGCAGGGGGCAAAAGGAGCAUAGCUAAUAUUGAAACUGGUACUGGGUGUGUGCCUGUGUGGUGAGGAUUUCAUACAAAAUGUAUUGAUAUCAAGCCAAAUGAGAAAAUGCAAAGCAAUAAAACCAACUAAAGAAUUAA